UUUACUUGCAUGCCAUUAAUUCUCAUAUCCUCAAUGCUUUUACAGUACUGUUAUUUAAUGAAGCCAUUGAACUUUUCGCUCUGGGAUACGCCCAACUAUGGGCUAGUGAUGAAAAUGCACGUGAGAAACAAUUCGCUGUCGUCGGUGACAACGGUGCGUAAGGAAGUUGCGAUACCGAUGUGGCAUUUAGUUCUCUUGCAACAUUCAACUAGACGUCGCAGUAAUACACGUGUGGAACAACCUCGUACACUCUACAAUUCGUCAGUAAGAACUUGCGAGUUCUGGAAGUAUAUUAAACGUGUUAAUGCUUGGAAUAAUGCAGCCAAAUUGAUGCUCUCGGGUGCUGGAAGCAACAUGAGUCUCGCCUGUCCACUCAAGCCAGGCAUCUAUACGAUGAAUGUGAUUCAAAUACCACCCGAUACGGCCAUAUUGAAGUUUAUGUAUCAACCAAAUACCAUUUACACUGUCCUAGGGACCGUUUACUCCGUCAAUCCCAAAGAUGGCGUCACACGACAUCCCAUCUGUCAUUACGAGGUGAAUACAACCAUUCACAAGACGUGUUGAUGUGUUGUCACAAUGCAACAGGCAAUCGGAUGGAAGAUUUCAAAUAUUCUAAAGCUAUCCUAAAGCAGUAGAGAUUCUGUCUGUUUCCUUAACUUUUCACGUAUUUAAGGACAAUCCAUAUUUUUUUCUCAUCUUAAUUCAUUGCGU